AGCGUGGUCACCGGAAAUAGAGAGAAAAAAGAAUAGCGAACAAGUAGCCACACCAGCAUCUUCCUCGUCUGACUCCAAGAUGAAUUAUGUGAGCAUGAGCAAGAACUCCACCUCGGACUCCGGAUCCGGUAGUCAAGAGAGGAAGGAAGACAUGACGAAGACACCCGAAGUGAAGAUCUUGCACCUGACUGCCUUGCUCGUGCUGACGGAAGAGUCUUUCAAAGGGAUGUACAAUGGGGCACAGCUCUUCAGGCUUCC